CGCGCUAUCUACACCACGCGUUUGCUUGAUUGCUGCUCUUACCUCCUCGGAAGUUGAAACAAUACAUAGAACACAUUAGUCUCCUUUCUCUUUGGUCUCUUCUAACUUACAGGUGAAGACAACCGAAUCUAAAACUUUCUCUCUUCUCUCUUAAUCUCAGUUUCUGGUUGGUGUCUGAUCAAAAAAAUCUCUCAUCGGUUCACUGAAAAUCUAUCGAUCAUGGAUUGUUAUUCCGGAAUGAAGUUUGAAGAGCUUGCUGUGCCCAAUUAUCAAGAGUCAUCGUCAUCAGAGACAUACCGUUCUGAUGGUAUGUGGGGUGGGUGGAGCAUGAACUCCCCUGAAGCUGCAGAAACAUGUUUUAAUUACGAUGGUUUCAGUGGAGAAGGAUCGUUGUAUAGUCAGAUGGGUAUGAGGACGAGUGAAGAAGAGGAAGAGUCCAAGAGAUCAAAGGCUUUCUACGGUGCUUCUUCACUUCAUGAUUUCGAAGGAAUCGAACACAUGGAUGAUAUAUUCUUAAGUUCAAUUUUGGAGGAUGUUCCAGGGAAUGAUGGAGAUGUUCAUCAAGCUUCCAGCAGCUACAACAGUGUCGGAUCUUCCUCUUUGUAUGGUGGAAAUGAAGUUCACAUGUUCCAUUGUCAUGACAUGCCUUUGAAGGAGGAGGCUCCAUUUACAAUCUCGGAUCUGUCUGAGGAGAACAUGUUAAAUCCACAGUAUGGGGAUGAACUAUCUUCGGAGGAACUGGUGUUGAACGAUCUGCAAAGAGCUUCUGAAAAGUUAACUGAUGAUACAAGAAAGUGCUUCCGUGAUACGUUUUACCGGCUUGCAAGAAACUCACAGGAGAAGUUUGAUUCAGUCAGCACCAACUCAGAAGAGUUAUAUAUGCAAGCAUCCAGAUAUGCUUAUGGUGAUAGUGCCAGGAUGAGUAGAGAGGAAGAGAUUGAAUCUGAGACGAACUCAAUCGAUAGAGCCGUCGCAAACCUCACAUACAACAAGAUGGAAUCCAACAUAAGCAGCUUUCCUCUAUCAGAAAGAGUACAUUAGCUUCUCUUGUUGGAUCAAGAUCAACCGUUAUCGUCUCUACAUCUUCUUAUAUGAAGUAUUUUGUUACUACAUGUGUAUAUUUGUGUGUAUAUAGAUGACUUUAAUGUUGCAAACUUCAGUUUUGAUCUGUCUUUAAAGAAUCUGGUUCUUUUUACAUCCUGCAGUAAGUUUCUUUUUACUU